GGCGUGCUGUGGGUUGAGGCUUGGAUUUGCUUUGGAAGCAGCAGGAGUUGCUGCCUUGCUGUAACGGCGAGCAGGUUUUAAUCUACUACUGUUAUUUCGAAUCGGAAAAAAAUAGGAAGGAGGAGACAAAUAUCUUGACACCUGCCAGGAAAGAGGGAGACUUCGCUCUGAAGUGACUGAUAAACAAGUGUGAAGCAUGAGGAUCAACUCAGCAAUUCAGGCUGCUAUUGACCUCACAGCAGGAGCUGCAGGUGGGACAGCAUGUGUGGUGACCGGCCAGCCCUUCGACACUGCCAAGGUGAAGAUGCAGACGUUCCCUGACAUGUACAAAGGAAUUGUUGACUGUUUUGUGAAAACCUACAAGCAAGUGGGGUUUCGAGGCUUCUACAAGGGAACCACCCCGGCGCUCGUCGCCAACAUUGCAGAGAACUCCGUUCUGUUCAUGUGCUAUGGAUUCUGCCAACAAGUUGUGAGAAAAAUUGUUGGAGUUGACAGGAAAGCAAAGCUCAGUGACCUGCAGAACGCAGCUGCGGGCUCCUUCGCCUCGGCCUUUGCCACCCUCGUCCUGUGUCCCACAGAGCUGGUGAAGUGCAGGCUGCAGGCCAUGCACGAAAUGCAGCUGUCAGGAAAGAUAAUCCAGGGACACAAUACAGUUUGGUCAGUAGUGAAGGGUGUGAUUCAAAAGGACGGUCCCCUUGGAUUUUACCGUGGGCUGUCCAGCACUUUGCUGCGGGAAGUCCCAGGCUAUUUCUUCUUCUUUGGAGGAUAUGAACUGAGCCGGACCUUCUUUGCCUCUGGGAGAUCAAAAGAUGAAUUAGGUCCCAUUCCUUUGCUACUGAGUGGUGGUUUUGGGGGCAGCUGUCUGUGGAUCGCUGUGUAUCCCGUGGACUGUGUCAAAUCCAGGAUUCAGGUUCUUUCAAUGGCUGGAAAACAGACGGGCUUUAUGGGAACAUUUGUAACUGUUGUGAGAACUGAAGGUGUACUUGCCUUGUAUUCUGGACUGAAGCCAACUAUGAUCCGUGCAUUCCUGGCCAAUGGGGCACUGUUCCUUGCCUACGAGUACAGCCGGAAACUGAUGAUGAAACAAGUAGAUUCUUACUGACAUCUUCUAGCAGAUGGAGAACAAAAGGUUGCUCAAGGAUCAUUUAAAUAAACGAUCAAGAACCUGGUCUGAGCAGGGCCAAAUCAGUGACCUAAUUUUAGGAACUCAACACCAGUUUAGGAUUUGUAAUCUUUUAAAUUCAGGUGAUUUUUAUAGAGAUGUAUAUGUGCUGCUUGAAUUGGACCAGCAGAGCCAUCUCCAUCUUGCAGUUUCUGCACGAGGCACAUUGCAUGUCAAAUGUAUUUUACUGACCUGUGAUGGUGCUAAAAAGACUUACUUAUGUUGACCUGUUGGGUUUAAUGUAACAUGCAGCAGUCAGCUUGAUUCCUUUAGGAAUGUUUUAAAAUCUGUGCUGUGGUGGUGAACUUUCCCAGUUGGUGUUGGCAAGUCUCUGAGUCACAAUGACAGAGGUCCUGUCCAGACAUAACCCUUCACUGAGACCCCUGCCCUUCUCCAGCUCCCUUCUGCUCCGUGACUUUCAGGUUAUGGCAGUUGGUACCUAAAAUGUGUACUCUCCCAGCAAACGUGCUUAUAAAAGUAAGAAGUGUUUACCCCCUCCCUUGUAUGACUUAAAGCCAUAAAGAGAUAAAAACAUAUAGUUACUGGGUUUAAGGAGACCACGCAGCAUUUUAUUAUUGUUGAAGUCCUUUCAAUAAGUGCUGGAAUACGGGAAGCACCACUGAAUUAAACAGUGUGAGGGAGACUGCUGGAAAUAGCUGCUGGCUCUGAGUGCAGAAUUGUAGCUUUGUGCAGGCUCCUGUUUGGGUCACCUUGACAUGAGUCCAUGUGCCUGAAGGAGAGGAGGCUGAAGAAGAGGAGAAAGCCAGUUCUUAAAGACAACUGACACCGUAGUCUCCAUGGUGUAGCACGCACUCGCUUGGGCCGGUGUCCUGCCACUUGCUCUCCUGCUUCAGCUGAGUGGAAAAAGCUCAUGUGACUGGAUCAUUUGUAUCACCUUCAGGCCUGGAGGGCAUUCCUGCUUGGUCAUGUUACUUGAUUAAACAUGCCGUUAGUCAGUGUUAGCCAAAAUGAUGUAGUAACACCUAUUUCUAGAUGCCACUCUCCUUCUUGAAGUAGGAUGUUCUUUAUACAAGCCUUGCAAGAUGCAGCUACUGCCUAUCCUGGGAGAAGACAAAGCAGGGCUCAGAGAAACACAAACUAUGCCUCAGGCCUGGAGGUGCACAGAGGGAUGUCACCUGCAUGCUGUGACAGCCCACCAUGAUCACCAGAGCUACACAGAGAGCAGCAGCUUGCCACAGCAACCCCAACUUGUCAGUGACAAGUGCCAACAGUCACAGCUGGAACAGCUCAGUUUUGCACAUUACAGUUUCCCUUUCAGAUCCCAGAGCCAGGAGGAAGCUUUAGGCAUAGACAGGAGCAUCUCAUCACCUGCUGCCUCUCACAGUACAGCCAGGGUGAGCUUCAACUGGCUGCUCGUUCAUGUAAGGUGGUUGUGGCAGUUCUACAAACUCUUCUUGCUUCCCCAGCCUUCACCUGCAGCAAGAACGGUUCAUCUCCCUCUCAGUCACCCCGGAGAAGGGCAGUUAAAGCAGGACACAGCUGAGGAAUCUUCUGUGGCUGUUGCACCAAUUUACCCUGACUGACCAGUACAGUAGGGGCAGUAACACUGUGCUUAGUCAGUAUUUGAAAAGAAUUUAUGCCAAAUGUUUAAACAAUUCAGGUACAAGGGUGAGGCUUUAAGAGUUGUCAGACUUCCCCUUCUUUUCCAAGUUGUCUACCCAAGAGAAAUAGUAUAUUUGUAUAUGUUUCUAAUAGUUACAAAAAGGUGAGGCCUGAUUCCACACCAGUGGAAUGCUCCAAUCUAUUUCUUAGAUUUGUCUUUGCUUUCAUUUUUUAAAGCUGAUGGUUGCAGUUUAUAAUACAGAAGUUGAAGCUUCGAGAGAAGCAGGAUCUUUGGUGGCUGAAAGAGACCUGCAUUGGGAGGGUUUACCUUUGGGAGGCUGUGUAAGCAGUGAUCUUUCCAUUCACAGCUGCUAAAGCUGUACACACAUAUCAGUUGUUCAGCUCAGAACUUUGUAUGUUGGUAUUGGAAUUCAGGGGAAUAAAGUUUGAUUUCAUUAA